AUAUCUCAGUUGAUCAAUACUCUACGGUUUUGGAUAGCUCCUCUUGUUCCCAUGCCUUCAUUUUAUUUGGUCUUAAGAAAAUUCCAGCCAUACUUCGUCCGGCACCAGGCGAUUUACGUCUUGCGCGUGUUAUUUUCUAACAUCACGUCCUUAACUUGUAUCCGCUUUGUUAACACUGGCGUCCGUCUUUUUACGGUGACCGAGGACAAACAAUUUCGUGGCUACCGCCUCUUACAGGAUGGCAUCCAUCUUGCUGAUAUGUUUGUUGGAUCCAGGCGCCGCGUUUACCUCGACGGCAACUGCGACGCCCAUCGCAAUGAUCUGCACGUUCUACUUCGUGAAGAAAUGCCCUUAGUCGCUUCUAUGUCGCCUGAACUCCAAGAGAAAUGGGAGAAAAUGGAGAUGGGUCCUGUGCUUAUCGAGUACCGACCGGCCUCGAGUCGUAGCGCCUCAAGUGACCAGGAGCAACAGGACAAUACUUCUGAUGUGAUGCUUCCUCGGUGUCCACUUGCUUUUGCCGGUUGGCGUGGCCUCAAGACGCUUCGUCACUAUCUGGACCGAUAUGAGCGCCUACAUUUAAUGCGCCUCUGUGGCCUGGACCCCUUACCCCCUAUCCGAAGAGCGGUCGUAGAGCCAAAUGAUCCUCCCUUAGUUGCUGUGGUGUCUGGUAAGGAAUCGCAAAAAUUGAGCACAGAAGCCAUCAUUUGA